UUUAUUUUAUUAUUCUGAGCUGUCUAUCAGAAACCCAUCUAGUUUCCAUUUAAAUCGGACGUCACAUGAUGUCUUCUGAUUUCGAAGCCUACGAACAGGACUUUGGCACCAUUACAGCCGAAGUGACUAACAAAAUCGGCAGAAUUCCCAAACUGAGUGGAGAGGAGAAGACACAGCUGGUUCUAAAUGUCGACAAACAGCUUGAAGAAGUCAGAGAGUUGUUGGAGCAGAUGGACUUGGAGGUGCGUGAAAUCCCCGUCCAGAGCCGAGCCAUGUACAACAGCCGACUGAAGAGCUACAAGCAAGAGGUGGAGAAGCUGGAGAAAGACUUUAAAAGGUCGCGUAUCGCCUACAGUGACGAGGUGCGCAACGAGCUCCUGGGGGAUGAUGCCAGCUCCUCGGAGAGCCAGUUGAUAAAGUUACGUGAAGAGAGAGCGCAUCUGUUGGAUAACACAGAGAGGCUGGAAAGGUCAUCGCGGCGACUGGAGGCCGGCUACCAGAUAGCAGUAGAAACGGAACAAGUGGGCCAAGAGAUCCUCGCCAACCUUCACACCGACCGUGAGAAGAUCCAGAGAGCCAGGGAGAGGCUGAGAGAAACGGACGCCAACCUGGGCAAGAGCUCUCGCAUCCUGACGGGCAUGCUGAGAAGGUAAGCGGCAGGAUCAUCCAGAAUCGUGUCCUGGUCUUUGUCCUGGGAGCCUUCAUCCUCCUCACCAUCAUCCUGGCUAUCUAUUUCAAUCUGCGAGGCCACUGAUUUUCCACGUCCACACACACCAACACACACACACACGCACGCACGCCCACACACACACGCACAUGCACACACACGUGAUUAAUAGCGACAAAAGUGUUUGGCUGUAAUUAGGACAAAUGGUGCCCAUGAAUCAAGGUUUUCCAAAGCCUGACAAGGAGAUUUUGUUUUCCUCUCCUGUACCCAUCACCUCCCCCCUCACUCCCUCCCUCUUUUUUUUCUAACUUUCUGCCUUCUUUUUGUUGUUUUUUCUCCUCUGUCACGCUCUGGCUUCCAUCUCCAGGGACGCAAAUAGAUUUGUUGAUCUCAGCAUGAUUCUUCAGCCUCCUCCUGGGAGGUUUCUAUAGUGCACCAGGAAGAGGAGAGGCUGGACCACCCCGGUUUGGGAUCUUCUCUCCUGAGCAGUAAUAAGACAUGCUCCUCACACUAAAUCUCGUUCUUUUACAAGAAGUUGACGUAAACCCUCAGCUAACACUGACAUGAUGUAUAAUAAUGCUAGUCGUAUGUAUUUAUAAAUAAGUCGUCUUGUGCUCAAACUGUAUUUUUUAUGGAAUCUUUUCUUUGAUUUCAUCAUCAGGACCAAGUGUGCUUGUGUUUUUUUUUUUAAUAAUGCCAAUUUACAACAAGGGUACACUUAUAAAGGGUUUAUAACUGUUUAGAAAUUCUUUGUUAAUCAUCAACAAACAGCAGCAGCCUGCUAGCAUUUAGCAGCAUUUUAUUGCGACUCAUCGCUGUUAAUUGUGGUUCUGUAGCUGUUUAUUGGGCUACGCUAGUUUAUGAAGUGGCACCUAACCUGAAAAGACAAAUGUUAUAAAGUUUUGAGUUGUUAUAAUUGGUUCCACUUGUGAUAGAUAUAAAUUAGAAACAACAAUGCUCUUGGCUAGCAUUAGCUAACUAGCAUUCGUCAUCGAUCUGUGACUUCUAGCCUAUGUUGGUUCAGGCUCUAUAACCUAUUUAUAAACCAUUUAUAGGACGUUCCCAAUAAGUAUACGCUUACAAAGGGUUCAUAAACUCUUUGGAAAGCAUUUGUAUUCAUUAUCAAGACUUAGGGCUAUUUUCAAGGCUUUUUAACCUGCUUCCGAACUUCAAUUUAUUAAAUUGGCACCGAACUGUGAGACUGUGAGGCAGGCGUGCUUGUAAAGAUAAAAAUGUUUAGUUUUUUUAAAUGUCAAACAAAUAUGUGUAUUUGUUGUCACUGUACAAUAAAGGGUUUAUAAAACCCCCUAUUAGACUUGAUAAACAGUUGAAAACAAUCAGUAGCUAACCUGCUUUACUCAUCAAUCUUUAUAUAGUAUUUCAUGUUUACAAACCAUUUAUAGGGCUAGCCUUGUUGUAAAGUGGACAAUUGUGGUGCAAUCAGCGUUUCUGAAGUGUUUGUGUGGUUCAGCAGGUUAUAAAGCCUCAAUAAACAGCAAUACGUCGUAUCUGCAUGAGCUAAAAAUAAGAUAACAUAAAUAACGAGAUGAUAUAAACAGGAAAUUAAACGUGCACAGGCUCAUGACUCUAUAUCUAUAACUUCUACCUGUUAAUUAAGGCUGUAUAACCUGUUUAGAAAGGCUUUGUAGGAGGUACUCUUAUUUGUAAAGUGGCCCAAUGUGACGCAGGCGUGCGUGAAAAGUGGAAAAGAAAGCCAUUCGUCAAAGUCGGGACAUGAAAUAAACAAAUCGGAGCGUACGUUUUAGGAUUUCGUGUUUUCGCCACAUGACAUUGACGGCGAACAAAAUAGUGGCGAUGAGGGUCGAGGGCGCCCCCGAGCUUGGUGUGGGCGGCCCACUGUGAGCUGUCAGGAAGGAGGAAGCAUAAUGACCCCCAGUGAUUGUUUUUGACCAUGCGUGUGUGUGUUCAUCCUACCUCCAUGAUCAUCCCUCUUCCUCCCUCCUCCUCCUCCUCCUCCUCCUCCUCCUCCUCCUCCUAGCCUGUCAGACGAACUAGCGAGUGGAAGGCAGCGUGGCGGCGGCGGCAAUGGCGGCGGCUUCCAUUUGAAGUUGUAAUGGUGUCAAAAAGUCAGGGCUGACUGACAGACGUCAGUCCCACAGGGCCUCAUUAAAAACACAGCCACUUGACAAGGAAAUAAUUGAGCGCCGACGACAACCUGAGGAGGGGGUGGGGGUGUAUAGUGGCAGUGACAGGAAGGGGGGGCCCCCCAAGCCCCUGCUCGCUCUCCACGUUUUUAGAUGUUUUUAUUGUCUUUUCAGGACUAUUACGUUCAUUAAGAAUGUGGCGAGAGGGAAGCCGGGACAGGAAGUAGCGAGAACACGGCUUGUUUAGACCCCCCACCCUCCUACCCUCACAUUUUUAUGCUUUAAGGACCCCCACCUGCCUCUGGCUUCCAAAUGAGCGUAUUUUAUUCUUCUUCCCAGCAAAUGCGGUUGAAUAUUUAAUGGUGACGUGUGUUAAUUUAACUUGCAGUCCUGCCUCCAUCCCCUAUGUGGCGCUCACUUAGAUUUUCUCCGUCAAUUAUCAUGUAGGCCCCGCCCCCUUCUUGUACAACAUCAAAAGUAAGAAAAAAUUAUUUUGUGGACGCCCUCCCUGAAUGAUGUUUGUCAGACGUUUACCACGACAAGUUGCCAGGCAAUUGGGGGCGGUCCUUAUACAGCACCACCAUAUAUGGGCGGCACUCUUUUGUGCCCCUCCACCAAUAACACACACAUAAGGAGAAGCGACAAUGAAUGACUACAAUGAAUCCGCUGCACAAUCGCACCGUCACAUGAAACCAAACCCCCCUCCCCAUGAAGAGGCGCCACGUCCUCCGUUUGUACGCGCAAGAAUGGUUUUCUUUCUAGCUCUUUUCUCACACCCUCCUCCUCAACAACAAUGGCCGCCAUUGUAGGGAGGAAGUAACUAGCUGGUGACAGCAUGCUAGCUGCAUGUUGUCCUCCAUAGGUGAGCUGGCUGCCUGUGAUGCAUCAUGAACAAGUGUGUAAAUUUCUCCACCAAUCACAAUCCUGCCCUGUUUUCAAAUACUUCAAUGUGUGAUCAUGUUUCAUGUCAUUAAAGAAAUGUCAAGCUCAA